GACACGGGAAUGAUGAGGUCAUCCCUGACACCCUUGGGGCUCCCUGUAAGCCGGGACCGCAUCAUCGCCAGCUUCCCUAAGUGGUACACGCCCGACGCCUGCUUGCAGCUGAAGGAGCAUUUUGACGGGCAGGUCAGCACCGCCUGCCAGCGCCGGGACACGGGGACUGUCGGGCUCCAGCUCUCCAAGGUGGUGGUCGUCGGCGAUCUCUAUGUGGGGAAGACCAGCCUCAUCCACAGGUUUUGCAAGAAUGCGUUUGACCGCGACUACAAGGCCACCAUCGGGGUGGACUUUGAAAUCGAGCGCUUCGAGAUUGCCGGAGUCCCUUACAGCCUCCAGAUCUGGGACACAGCUGGACAGGAGAAGUUCAAGUGCAUCGCAUCUGCCUACUAUCGUGGGGCCCAGGUGAUCGUCUCGGCCUUUGACCUCACCGACAUACAGACACUGGAGCACACCAGACAGUGGCUGGAGGAUGCACUACGGGAGAACGAGGCGGGCUCCUGCCUCCUCUUCCUCGUGGGAACCAAGAAAGACCUCCUGUCAGGGGCGGCGUGUGAACAGGCAGAGGCCGAGGCCGUGCACCUGGCCAGCGAGAUGCAAGCCGAAUACUGGUCGGUGUCAGCCAAGACGGGGGAGAAUGUGAAGGCAUUCUUCAGCCGUGUCGCCGCCCUGGCGUUCGAGCGCUCGGUGCUGCAGGACCUGGACAAGAGGAACGACACCCGCCUCCAAGUCGGGGAUGGACACCUCAUCCGAAUGGAAGGAAGCUCACCCGAGACCCAGGACAGCCAGCAGCUGCCCAGUGUGGGCUGCUGUUAGCCGGAGGGUGUGUCAGAGGCCCCCGACCCCCGGAAUGCAUGUGGACAGCGACUUCUGUGACCGUGGAGGGCUGAUGGGAGAGUUAUUCACUUCUGCAGGUUGGAGCCAGGGAAGAUCCUGAAAGACCACACACUGCCCCGCCCUGGCCAGCAGGGUCACCCUUGACCUUGAGAGGCCUCAGGGGCAAGCUGCAAACAUAGGACGAAUUCCUGCACUGGUUCACAUUCCCUCAUCUCGCAGCCCACAUCAGCGGGGGCCCAGCACACCUUCCCAGCCACCCUAUAUGGGCCUCAGAACCGUUCCUAGCACUGCGACCCAGGCAGGUGU